AGCUUCGCUGAAAGCACCGAGUGUGUCACGAGUUCUACCGUACGUCGAGAAGCAAGAAACCGGCGUCCUCAGUGGUAGAGAACUUAUUCAUGGGAUAGCCUGCACGCGAAUCCUCAAAAUGCUGCGGAUCGGUAUGUUAUCGCGGCGUGGCUUCUCUACGCUGAAGUUUUCGUCCGAGGUCGCUUCGGCGCUCAAGAACGGAGACCCCAUCGUCGCUCUGGAAUCGACCAUCAUAACGCAUGGGAUGCCGUAUCCCGAAAACUUGAAAACAGCCAUGGACGUCGAGCAAGUAGUGCGCAGAACGGGUGCGGUGCCAGCGACGGUCGCGCUCAUCGAAGGAGAAAUACACGCUGGUUUAUCCUCACAGAUGCUCGAGGAUCUCGCCAGUUCGAAGGACGACCUGGUCAAAGUUUCCCGAAGGGAUCUCGCGCCGGCCAUGGCUCAGAAAAUGACCGGAGGCACGACCGUGGCCGGGACCAUGGUCGUCGCCCACAAGGCCGGAAUACAGAUGUUCGUCACGGGGGGCAUCGGUGGAGUUCAUCGCGGGGCUGAGAUAACGAUGGAUGUGAGCGCCGACCUGAUAGAGCUCGGCAGGACACCCGUCACCGUCGUUUCGGCCGGUGUCAAAUCGAUCCUGGACAUCGAGAAAACGCUCGAGUUCCUUGAAACUCAGGGGGUUUGUGUCGCUACGUACGGUGACUCGAAAGAGUUCCCAUGUUUUUGGACCCGGUCCAGCGGCCAUGAAGCGCCGUGGAACGUGCGAGAUCCUUCAGAGGCCGCCGCAGUCAUCGCGUCUCGACUUUCACUGAAUUUGCAGAGCGGUAUGCUCAUAGCGAAUCCGAUUCCCACCAACCAUGAAGCCGACGGAAAAUUCAUUGAAGCCUGCGUACAGGACGCAUUGAAGGAGUCCCAAAUACAGAACAUCAGAGGCAAGGACAUAACUCCGUUCAUAUUGAACCGUGUCCAUCACGCGACUAGCGGUGCAUCUCUAAGGAGCAAUGUGGCCUUGGUAAAGCACAACGCGUUGGUUGGUUCUCUUAUCGCGAAAGAGCUCAGCAAUAUUUUGCCUGACAAACUCCCACAACAACAAGAAAGCGCUGACGUCCAUAGUUUCUACAUUGGGUCUCAAACGAAAAGCCCGCUAACCAUAAAUCCCUCGAGACCAGUCGUCGUCGGUGGGUGCAUGGUCGAUUUCAACAUCAAGCUCGCCGAGGAUAAAAUCGAGAUCGAUGGCAAGACAUACAAAGGGAGAGUAUUCCAGGGAUACGGCGGAGUCGGUCGAAACAUCGCGGAUUGCACAUCGAGACUGGGACUCUCGCCUCUGUUGAUAUCGGCGGUCGGGAGUGAUUUGAACGGAAAAGGUCUCCUCGGCCACAAUCCCCUGAUGGAUAAGAGCGGAAUCGAAAUCUUGAGAGACGCCACGACUGCCACCUGUUGCGCGGUGCACAACCGCGCGGGCCAGCUCUUGUACAAUGUCGGGGACAUGCUCAUACACGAUCGGAUAACUCCUGAGCUCUUGCUCAAGUACGAAAAAGAUAUCGAGGCAGCGCCUAUUGUCGUUCUGGACGCGAACAUUCCCGAGGACACACUUCGUCUGGCGGUGGACAUGUGUACGCGACUGAAAAAGCCCCUCUGGUACGAACCCACCAUCGUGAACAAAUCGACGAAAGCUUUCGACAAAAAACGAAUCUCCGGAGUCUGGUAUACUUCGCCGAACCGGGACGAGCUCGAAGUCAUGUACAGAGAUCUCACUGGUGGGAACGACGUCCAAGGAGACGAAGUGACGAGAGCUGCGAAAAUGGCGAAGGAGUUGUUACGCUCUGGCGCUAUCACCCGAGCCGUUUACGCCACUCUUGGGCCCAAAGGACUCGUGAGAGUGACGAAAACCAACGAUCUUUUCGACGCCAUCCAUUUCGAGGCCCCUCAAGCAGCCACGAUUAAAACAUCGAACGGCGCUGGCGACUGUCAAGCGUCUACAAUCAUAACCGGUCUCGCACUCCAACUCCCAGAAGAAGAGUAUAUGGGAGCCGCAAUGGACAUUCCGCUCCUCACCUUGGCGAGCUAUUCGGCGGUGCCGGAUACGUUGAGCAAAGACGACCUCAAGGUGAAGAAUGUUGUCAAAACUAGAAGAAUCAUCAUAUGAGCAGAGAGAGCGUCAUUCGCUAGAACAGUAUUCUUUUAAUGCCAUCCGAAGUCGA